CUAAUUCUCAAGGUCACGCUAAUAUUAAGCCCAGUUUCAAGUGGGUGUAUGGGUGACCUUAUGACUUUCGUACCCUGUUAAACAGGUGUUUUAUUUGGGAAAAUGGGACGUAAAAAAAUUGAAAUAAAAUUUAUUAAAGAUGAAAAGAAUCGUCUAGUGACAUUUGCAAAGCGUAAAAGUGGUUUAUUCAAAAAAGCCUAUGAGUUGAGCGUGUUGUGUGAAUGUGAAAUCGCCCUACUAGUAUUUACACGUAGCAAUCGUCUUUAUCAGUAUGCUAGUGUUACUGUGGAUCAUGCUUUACAAAGACUUAAGAAACAUCAUCGUGCAAAUGAAUUCCUUAGUAAUUCUGAUAUGGAAAGGUUAACCAAACGUCGAAUGCGGUCCAACUGUAAUGGACCUGGUGGUGUUGUUAUACCACCAGAACCAUAUUCAAAUAUCAAGAAUGAAGAAAGCAAUAACGGAGAUGAUAAUGUCGACGAGGAGGAGGAAGAGGAUGAUGAUGAUGAAGUUGAAGAAGAAGAGGAAGAAACCGGUUCCAUUUUAAGUGUGAAAAAUAUAAACAAUAAUAAUAAUUGUCAAAUUAUGGAUGUUGAUAAACAGAAAUUCACUGAUCCAAUUGAUAUGCAAUCAUCAAGUGUCAGGUAUAUUGUUGAUACACAGCCACCAACAUUUAAUAUGCAUUCACGAAAUUCAGUGAAUAAUAAUACUGUCACAGAGAAUCAUAUGCGACGACCGGUGAGCUCUUUAGCCUUACCACUUAAUCCUUUAAUAAUAACAUCAACCAAUACAGUAACAAGUGAAUAUUUAAAUCAUAUUCAACCUGUACUUGCCUCCUCUCAUGCAUCCAAUACACAACAUCAAUUCUCCUCUGAUGAUGCUCAUUUAAUUCAGUAUCAUAGACCAUUGCAUCAUCAAUCAGCUCAACAAUGUUCUUCAGCAUCCCCGUUUACCUGUGAUAAUAAUACUAUUGUACAUUCAAAGCCAUUGUGUACUACUUUACCGAAUUUAACAAGUCAACCUUUGGAACAGGUGAAUAAUAUUCUGUUACCAAAUCAAAUGUCUACGCCUUACUUGGUUCAACAUUCAACAUCUGACAGUCAAACAACUUUACCAACAGAAUGUUCAAAUCGAAAUAAUAAUGGACAUUUAGUUGGUGCUGGUGGGGGUGGUGAUACCUACAUGGAUACUUCUUUGACUCAUCCUUAUCGUGAUGGUGUUUCGCCUAACUACUCAGCUAACAAUAAUAAUAAUAAUACCCUGGGUCAAAUGCAGUGUACAUUAUUAACACCAGUUCCAUAUACAAAGGAAUUAAAAAGUGAUCAACCUAUGUUUAUUAUAUCAUCUGUUGUUGGGAAUAAUAAUAAUAGUAGUAAUAAUAAUAAUAACAAUAAUACUAAUAAUCAACAACAACACCAGAUUUCCAAACCAGAUUUAACCCCUUCACAUACUGUAGUAGAAUCUGCAACAGCUAUUCGGCAUGAACCUCAUAGUAUACCCCAAUUGACCAGUAAACACAACUAUUCAGGAACACAAGAACUCCACAGAAAAAUGAGUGAUUAUAUAUCUGAUGUAUAUGAAAGUCAUAUCAAUCAUUUUACAUCGAAUUCAAUGAGCAGUUUUCAAAAUUCUGCAACAACGACAACAAUAGUUUGUGCUCCAUCUCUUACUGCCUCAACAAAGGCUAAUCUGAAUAAUCCCCAUUGUAUUAAUACCUCAAAUAAUUCAAUACCUGUGACGUCAAAUUUACCGGUUAAAAUCUCUGAUGCUUCCUCUCAAACACUACCAGAAAUAAUUGAUUUAGACGGUCUACCGGCUUCACUGUCAACAUCAUUUUCUACUACAGUAGUAGUGACAACCUCGGAAAUGUAUACCAGUACGCAUGACAAUCAUCAUACAGAGAAUGAUAAUAAUAAUAAUAACAAUAAUAAUAAUAAUAAAAAUGAUUUUAGGAGUAAUAACAACAAUAACAACGAUAGUGAUACAGUGAAAACUGAACCGAAUGAAAUGAAAUUUAGUGUAGAUGAUUCUGGCAAUCCCAAUACAGUAUCUCAACAACAACAACAACAGCAACAACAACAACAACAACAAAAUUCUCGUCAAAGAAGAAUGCCAGCGUUAAAACACUUACAGUUACCAUCGACAUGCAGUUCUACACUGUUACGACAGACAAGUAUUCCUAAAGGUUACUUUUUAUCAACACCAGAAGUUAUCAAUGAACUUGGUCGUUUAGAUAGUCAUCGAAAUAAUUCAGAUACUACUAAUAAUUCAGAUAGUACAAAUCCACUUGGACAUGCAUUAUCUCCAGCUGAUUUAAUAUAUCGACUGGGAUUACAUCAACUCUUAUCAUUAUCACCGGUUCCGUUAACUUCACGUGAUUCACCAGUGUUUUCAGCUAAUCAUAGCCCUACACCAAAUUUAAUACCAUCGAAUUCAAAUAUUGGAAGUAAUCAGAAUAAUACAGGGAAUAUUGGUGCUAGCAGUAGUAUUAAUGCUACUUCUACGACAACCACUAUGACUAUUGCUCAGCCUUCAUUAGUCAGUCAGUCUUCGUGUAUGGAUAUGCCGUCUGUUCAAUGUGAAUCUGAAUCUCAGAACUCACCAAAUGUGCUUCCAAAAUAUGCUAAACGAUCAAAGUAUUCUUAAGUGCAUAGAAGAAGAAUAAAUAUCUGGACACAUACAUCUAUAUAUACAUAACCCCACACCUCCCUUUACACACACACAUGCAUAAGACAGACAAUUCACAGAAACUUUCUCAAGAUGACUAAUAUUCGUUUUAUUAUUAUUAUUAUUAUAUUUUUUCAUCACAGAGAACAAAUUCACUGUAAAACAUGAAAAGACUCACCCAUUCUCUUUUUUACGGAAGAAAUUUUCAUUAUUGUUAUUAUUAUGCGCCAUAUAUUACAUCAUAAAAUGGGAUCAGCUUUUGUUUUGCAUAUUGCCCUGCCCUAAUAUCUGUUACUAUUUUCCUUAUUCAUAUCUAUUCCCCCCCCCCGCCCACUCUGUCUGUCUCUUACUCACUCAUUCUCAGUUGUUACACCUGCUCAAAAGAAUAUCUUCAUCACCAUCAAUAUCAUCGUUAUCAUUCUUAUUAUUAUCCAGAAUAUAAACGAACCUACUCAACAACAAAAAUCUCAGUACAUUAUUAUUAUUAUUAUUAUAAUCUGAGCAUUUUCCCCUGUGUCCUCACCCACGCACACACAGACACACACGCACGCACGCAUACAUACAUACAUGUACCGACGAAUAUUUUACCUUUUUUCUUACUUCCAUUAUUAUUUUGUCUGUUAUGGAUUAGUUAACCUUGGAUUCCCAUUUUUUUAAAUUUAGAAAAAACCAACCACCUUCCUCCCCCCCGUUCCCGAGUAAUACUCAUAUAAUAAUAAUAAUAUUUCUAUGAAUUCUGUACAAAACUCUAUAAGGUUUUCAUCUUUUUUGCUGCUGUUGUCUAAACCGAUGCAAACAGCUCAUUAUGAGUAAAAGUGAUAGGUGUGGUUGGUUGGUAGGUUGAUAGGUUUCUUAGGUAGGUAGGUAGGUGGUUAACACCUUGAACCUGGUGAAAAUUUUUUUCAAGUUUAUUUAAUGCUAGAUAAAUUUCACUAUUUUACUAUCUACUUUUCUAUCGAUUUCUGUUUUUGUUUGCGUGUGUGUGUGUGUGUGCCUUUCAUUUCUCGCUUAUCUCUUCCUCCACUGUCCCAUUUACGACCACCAACUUUAAGUUUUACCCUUUAGUGGUUUGUUAUCGCAUCAUCAACAGUUAAUUCUUGUUAUUUGUGAGCUAAUUUAAUUUAACUCUAGUUAAAUUGAUCAUGUUGCGUAGACAGCAUUGAAGUUUGUUUAUUCUAAAAGCAGUGAUGAAUACUGUUCAAUCUCUGUCUCACUCUCACGUUCUCUUCUCGUGCGUGGGUGUCUUCCUUGCACCACCCCCCCCCCACCUUUUUCUUCAUCUAUCCUCUUCACACACACACGUUUAUCUGCCUUUACUUGACUGACCACACACACACAAAAACUCAGAUCCCCUGUGCCGUUUGUUACUGUUCUUUCUUUGGGUUGUUUUUUUGUGUCUUUUGUUUUGUUUUGAUACUUGAUAAGAUUCUUUUUGUCAUGAUUUUAGACAUUGAUAAUAUAAAUAAUAUAUAUUUUCUACUCUUUUAUUUACCAUUUACAAAAUAGAUUAUUAUUAUUAAUAUUACUAAUAUCACGAUUUUAUUUUUUCAGCAGAUGUCGUUUUACUCCAUUUUUUUACUUCUUUAACUUUUUUCUCUCUUUCUUUUUUGAUUUUAUUUCAAACAAACAAAUCAAUCGCUUAUCAGAUUUUAUACACAAACGUCAUCAUGAUGAAGUGAUCUUCUCUCUGGGGUUUUAUUUUUCUUUUUUUUUUUCCUUUACUUUUUGUCAAUUGACACUAACUGGUUGGUGUUCUCCUCUUUUCUCGUCUUUUUCUGUCUCCAUCGUCUCUUGUUCAUUUUUUUUUGUAUGUAACUUGAUGAUAAAACGUUGUAUGUGUACAAGAGAUGAAUAGAAAAACCAACACAUGGACCA